AUGCCACAAUCAACCGCAUCUCCAGGGGCCAAGCCUCUGAUAUGUCAUACUGGAUCAAAGCCUUUUGUCUGCAAAGAAUGUCGUCGCCCGUUUGCACGCCAAGAUGCCCUGACCCGCCAUGAGAAAUUGCAUACUCGAGCCGCUGUCACUAAGCAAGCUCAAGCUCAAGCACAGCAGUCUCUGCAGGCAACCCAAGUUCCUUCCUUGGAUGGCCUUCAUUGGGAGCCUCCCAGAGGCCCAGCAGGUGGUGUAUUGUCAGUACCAGGUCAAACAUGGGACACAUCAGAUGCCCACGAGGAAUCGGGCCUGCAGGGUAUGGCUUCGGACCUUGAUUUUGACCUAAUAUGGCCCGACUCGGAGAAUUUGUUCCAGAGUAUCAUGUCAUCAGACACCUCAGAUCAAUGGCAGAUACCUCUUGGAUCCCUUCCAGUACCACCCGUAGUCCAAGAUGUCAGCGGUGUUAAUUUCGGCUCCCCCAACUCCUUCGACGAUAGAGCCUCGUCAAUAGGCACCAUACCCUCGGGUGGCAGUCAUCAGGCGGUGCGCGAUGUUUCUGACAUGGUGACAAGCUCGUCUUCCAGCGUAACUGCUGCGAUCAAGGCGACGUCCAUUACAUCUGUAUUUUUGGACGAAUGUCUGCACAUGUUCUUCGUCCGGUUUAUUCCUACAUUUCCGAUCCUUCACCGGGCCACGUUUGUUUUCCGGGAUUGCACUCAUGCGCUGCUUUUAAAUGCCAUGGCUCUCGGUUCUCUGUACCUCGGUCCUAAGGACUCCGUCGCAAAGUGGCAAUCGUUGAUUACACACCGUGGACCCUAUGAUGCUUGCAAUGGCGUACAACUCCUUCUAACUGCACUGUUGGGGCAGAUAUACGGGGCUCUAUCCAAGAGCCGUGCUAUUCGCACAACUAGCCAAGUUUUCCGGCCCCUUGGCUUUUUUUGGGCACGGCAUUGCGGCAUGCUAGAUAGUGAACCCUUCUCUAUGGAGGAUAUCCCGUUUCCUAGUUCACCCAGCCCCGAAAAGGAUCACAAAUGGCGAACGUGGGCUGCCAGGGAGAUCCAGCAACGUGCCCUGCUCGCAUAUUAUGUUCUUGAUGGGCUAGUUGCACAGAUGUCCGGCGACGGAGCUUCCACUCGUCACGUCGCCAAUCCUCUUACUCUCCCCAGCAGUGAGGCGGCAUUUGAUGCCAACAGCGCCGACGAGUGGUUAACCCACAUGUGCACCCAGAAAACAGAACAGCCCUCCUUCCGACUCAUCUUCCGCUCCCUCUUUCCACCCGCCAGCAGUUUUAGACCUCUUGGCUACCAAUUAUCCGCCUUCUCCCUUCGAGUGAUCCUCGAAGGCCUACAAUCCCUAAUCUCCGACUCAGACGAGUACGAUCUCGCCGCCGUAGGCGUACCAGGCCGCUCAGACGUCAGACGAGCACUCGCCCAGGUCCACGAAACAAUCACAAUGAGCAUCCACCUCUCCGCCUCAGAGCGCCUCGAAGUCCUCCUCCGCUGGCACACCCUAUGCCUGGACACAAUGAUAAACUCCACCGUCCUCUGCCGCCACGUCUGCUCCCGGUACGACAUUCGGCAGGAGGUAUCCGGCGGCUCGAGAACCCUACGCACAGGCUUCGACAUGCUCAACUGGGUCAACACCGAAGAUGCCCGCCGCGCCUUACUCCACGCCAUCGCAAUCCAAGAUAUCAUCGAGCAACUGCCCCGAGGCCGCGCACAUGUCAUCCACAUGCCCAGCUCGCUCUUCGCUGCGGCAACGGUCUACGUUAUUUUCGCACUUGCUGGUAUAGCCAACAUACAUCUCCCGCGUACAAUAGUCUGGCAGGAUGCGUUGCUCUCGCAUGCAGACCUGAAUCUAGGCUGUGAGCAUGCGCGGCCGUCUACUGGCUCUGAAACCAGUCGGUUCGUUACAGAGGGAAAGACAGACUCCCCCCCUGGUGUUGCGGCUGUUCGGAACCUGCUGUAUGAGAUGAACUCGAUGCAGAAGUUGUUCCGGUGCUUGAUUUCGCAGUGGGGGAUUGCGCAUGAUAUGGAGGAGAUUGUCAACCAGUGGAUUAUUUUGUGUCAUUAG